AUGGGAGAGAAGGGAAGGGCUCGCUGGACGGGGGCCCCGGCCAUCGUCCCUCACGAGGCGGCGGUCGAGCAUUAUCUCCAGCCACCCGUUUUUCAAACUGGCGGCACCAAGAGACUGCCGGCUGUGGACCGAAAAGCGUUGACCGGGUAUCUUGUCGUAGGUUUCCCUACGGCUCGUUUGGAAGCCGUUGAGGUCGGAGUAGAAGAUUCUUCCAUUGUCGAGAUCGGUUUUGUACCGGACAAUGAUUUCUCGGUCGUCAAAUUGAUGGCCGACGAGCUCGACGUGAUACUCUUUCUCGAUUAUGAAUUCUUGUAUCGAGCUCUCGUAGUUGUAUACGCGUGUGCUGUGGGAGAUUGGAGAUUUUUUGUCGUCCCAGGCUGUUUUCGGGUAGGCCCCGCUCUCGGUGCUGGAGUACAUGGCUAUUUCCUCACCGACGAUAUUCAUGUGUUUGCCAUUGUCACGGGUGAUUUUCUGCAGCAGGCCGUGAGUGACGCUAAAUGUGAGUAUAUGAUGCUGAUUGUUAAUCUCGACAGUGUCGCUUUCCAAAUUCGUGCAGGAAUAAUGGACGGGACAAGUAAGCUUCUUGGAAGGCGUGAAAAGUCUGAGAUUCGCGGGUUUGGCUUUCUCACAUCCGGCAAACCCAUUGGCAAUGUAAAAAGUCUGCAAACCCAUAGCAGGAACAGAUGA